GGAAACAAUCAAACGCACCAAUUCUAGAAACCGAAGAUUAAAGAAGAAAAAAAAAACUUAAAACAGAAAGUUAAUUUCUGUUUUCUUUUUUUAUAAAUUAAUUUCUUGACAAAAAUUUUUGAUUGGCUUUAUAUCUAUUAUGGGUAAUUGCCUACAAUGUUUCCAAUCAUCUGAUCAUACGGGCUCGGCGAUAGUUACGCAGGCUGCACAUUGCCAAACGACAAAUAUUGACAGUUGUGGUCGAGCCGCGGGAAGUGCAAUCGAUCGCAGUACAUAUAGUGAUCGUCCAGGAGAAACAGAUGAAUUGCUGUCUCCUAGUCCUUUAAUGGCCAACAACGGUGAUACUAAGCGAAGUAGUUUUAAGAAAUCGAUAGUUUUAUUAAACGGAAAUGCCAACAACUUAGGUGAUAUUAUAACAACUGUUCUUCCCCUUGCAGUAAAAGAAUCGCAUGAAGUCUCAGACAACACGCUUAAUCUAUUAUUCGAAGAGUACAAAGACCCCUACGAAGAUGCCAUACUCUCGGAUGGCAUUGAACGUCUCUGCAGAGACCUCUGCUAUCAACCAGAUGAAUUUCCAAUUUUAGUUUUAGCCUGGUGUUUGGAUGCAUCGCAAAUGUGUCGUUUUACAAAAAUGGAAUUCAUCGAAGGAUUACAUAAAAUGUCUGCCGACACAAUCGAUACAAUUCGCUUAAGACUGGAACAAACAAUUGAAUUGAUGAAAACCGAUUCGGAGAUGUUUAAACAAUUAUAUCGUUUUACAUUUCGUUUUGGUUUAGAACCGGAUCAUCGUAUACUGUCCCUAGACAUGGCAAUCAUAUUAUGGCGAUUAGUCUUCACACUGCACAAGCCCGAACUGCUCGAUCGCUGGUUGUAUUUUUUGGAACAGCAUCCCAACAUCCGAGGCAUCCCCAAAGAUACAUGGAAUAUGUUCCUUAAUUUCUCCGAACAAUGUGAUAUUAACAACUACGACGACACAGAGGCAUGGCCAAGUUUGUUUGAUGAUUUCGUUGAUUAUGAAAAAUCUCGACUGAGUGCGACUGCUGCCGCCAAUGCCGCCGCCGCCGCUGAUGACGACACAAGCAAUAAACCAGAGGACGACGACAAUGCCAAUAACAAUAAUGACUGCAGCCAUCGCAAAACAUCCAUCGAUGUUUCAUAGUAUUGUAAUUUAAAUGCAAACGCAAAUGAUUCUCAGUGCCGCCAUUUCUAACAUAAGUUGCAUCCCCAUAUUUUAUUUUGUUAACCAUUUUAUAAUAAUUCUACAAUCAAAAGUCGAUAGAUAGAUAGAGUUGUUGGAUAUUUAAGAUUUGUCAAAGUUUUCUCUUAGAUAUUCAUUCGUUCGGUAGGUAGGUCUUCUUUUUUAUUUUAGAAUGGAUCAUACGUAAUAUACAUAUAAUUUAAUUUAUAUCAUCAUGA